AUGCGGGCCUUCGUUGUCAAUGAGCUUGCCCACCCUUCUAAGAUUGCCCUGAACAACAAUACCCCGGAACCGAAGGCUGGAGCAAACCAAGUGCUUGUCGAUGUCUACAGUGUCGGUCUGAACUUCUUUGACAUCCUUCAAGCUCAGGGGAAGUACCAACACAAGCCUCCUCUUCCAUUUACGUUGGGGACAGAGUUUGCUGGUAGAAUUUCUCAGGACUCUCCCAUACCCGAAGGUUGCGGACUCAGGCGUGGCCAGCGCGUAUUUGGCGCCCAGAUAGGCGCAUUUGCCGACAAAGUUGCAGCUGAUCCAGAUCGUGUAAUUGCUCUGCCAGACAAUGUUUCCUUUGAACAAGGUGCCGGGCUAUUCAUCACUUGGCCAACCAGUUAUGAAGCACUUAUUGGCAGGGCCGAGUUGAAGAAAGAUGAAUGGGUGUUGGUGACUGCUGCCGCUGGCGGUGUCGGAAUUGCUGCUGUGCAGAUUGCUAAAGCUAUUGGCGCCAAGGUCAUUGCAGCAGCUGGGUCGACGGAAAAAAUAGAGGUUGCGAAGCGAUUCGGCGGCGCAGACCACGGAAUAAAUUAUUCGAACGCUGGCUGGCAAAAAGAAGUCCUCAAAAUCACUGGUGGCCAUGGAGUCGACGUUGUUUACGAUCCGGUCGGUCUCAUAAAUGAUUGUCUCAAGUGUAUCGCCUGGAAAGGUCGCGCUCUUGUCAUUGGCUUUGCUGGAGGGACCAUCGAAAAGGUUCCUAUGAACCUGGUAUUGCUCAAGAAUAUCUCUCUGGUCGGCUUACACUGGGGGGCUUAUUCCGUCCAUGAACCUGACCAUAUGCUCAAAGUAUGGGAAGAUAUACUAGCUAUGUUCUCCUCGGGCACGGUUAGGCCUGUGAUAUACGACGAGAUCUACUCCCUCGAACGGCUAGUUGAUGGUCUCGCAGCACUCGAGAAGAGGCAAACCUGGGGUAAAGCAGUCGUCAGAGUGAAAGAUGAGAAGACGGGAGAGCGUGCGAAGCUGUAA